AUGGCUUCAACAUCCAGUACAUCAACCCCUCAGCCCGCACCAUGGAAAGCCCAAUUCCUCGACCACCUAAGCAAAAUGGAUAGUCCCGAAUUCGUCUUCUCCAGCUUGACACCCGCACCCAACAAAGAUAGCCCAGUGGAUUAUUUGCCGCGGGCGAGAUAUUGUAUCUACCGCGGCCUCUGGGCCGAGCUACCGGAGAACAAACACAACGAUGCUGAGCGGAACGAGCGAUGUUUCGAGUCCGAAAUGCCUACCUUCACCACCGACGUCCGGAUGAACAAGACCUUUGAGGUCUUCGCUUCUUCGUCUGGACACGCGAAGGAGAGGGAGCAGGCACAGGGUUCGGGGGGUGGAGGGCCGUGUGAGGCCGUGUGGUGGAUUAAGGGGGAUACGAUGGUGCAGUGGCGGAUGCAGGGGGAGGCUUUUGUCGUGGGGCCGGAUAUUGAGGGGGAGGGGGAGCAGAGUAAGGAGAGUAGUGGGGUUAGGACUGUGAAGAGUGAGUUGGGGGGGAGGAUGAGGGUUGUGAAGGAGGAUGGGAAGGAUGGGUGGAGUUGGAAGAGGGAGUUGAGGGGGCAUUUUGGGAAUAUUUCGCCGGGGAUGAGAGGCAGCUUCAAGAAUCCUCCACCUGGUCUACCUGUAGACAAGCCUUACGACGAGAGCAAGAAUCAGAUUGGCCAGAAGGUCGGAGAUCUGGACGAUGAGGUGGCGAGGGAGAACUUCCGGGUGGUUGUCAUCAAGCCCGAGAUGGUCGAGUCAGUUGACCUUAGCGAUCCUACCAAAGCCCGACGACAACAGUAUAGGUACGAUGAGAGCAGUGGGAAGUGGUCGCACAUCGAGACUUGGCCGUAG